AUUCAGUUGUGAGUUUUCAAUGGUCCUAAGAUGAGAUGAGAACAAGCCAAAUGCUGUGCCAAUGUGACCACAUGAUGGAGAAGCCCAUUUGAGGAAGCCCAAGUGAGAGAAGAAAAUAUCAGUGAAUCAUACAAGAAUGUGAAGAGGGAAGAGACUGAGAAAUCACAACCAUACAAACGAAUGACAAAGCUAUCCAGAAUCUCAUCUUCUUUGCCUCCAACUCAGCAAUUCUCUUUCCUAUAUUACUUAUCUCUGCCUUCAACAUUGCUUUCUGUCCUCAUUUUUUCUGCACACAGCUUCUCUCUCUGGUAGCCAUGGCUUCGGCUACUUUCUCUGUGGCCAAACCAUCUCUUCAGGGUUUCUCUGACUUCUCAGGACUUCGAAACUCCUCUGCUCUUCCCUUCGGCAAGAAGUCUUCUUCCGAUGAGUUUGUUUCCUUCGUCAGCUUCCAGACUUCUGCAAUGGGAAGCAAUGGUGGAUACAGGAAAGGAGUGACCGAGGCCAAGCUAAAGGUAGCCAUCAAUGGAUUCGGUAGGAUCGGCAGGAACUUCUUGAGAUGCUGGCACGGUCGUAAAGACUCUCCUCUCGAUGUUAUCGCCAUUAACGACACUGGUGGUGUCAAACAAGCAACGCAUCUCCUCAAAUACGACUCCACUCUUGGAAUCUUCGAUGCUGAUGUCAAGCCUUCAGGAGACUCCGCUCUCUCCGUUGAUGGAAAGAUCAUCAAGAUUGUUUCUGACCGUAACCCAUCCAACCUCCCCUGGGGGGAACUAGGCAUUGACUUGGUCAUCGAAGGAACCGGAGUGUUUGUAGACAGAGAAGGUGCUGGAAAGCACAUUCAAGCUGGAGCCAAGAAGGUUCUGAUCACUGCACCUGGUAAAGGUGAUAUCCCAACUUAUGUCGUUGGUGUCAAUGCUGAACUUUACAGCCAUGAAGACACAAUCAUCAGCAAUGCUUCUUGUACCACUAACUGUCUCGCACCAUUCGUCAAGGUUCUUGACCAGAAGUUCGGGAUCAUAAAGGGUACAAUGACAACUACUCACUCAUACACUGGUGACCAAAGGCUGCUAGAUGCUAGCCACCGUGAUCUAAGGAGAGCAAGAGCAGCGGCUUUGAACAUCGUUCCAACAUCUACAGGAGCAGCUAAGGCCGUGGCGCUAGUGCUCCCUAACCUCAAAGGGAAACUCAAUGGAAUCGCGUUGCGUGUGCCAACUCCCAACGUCUCGGUGGUUGACUUAGUUGUGCAGGUCUCCAAGAAGACUUUUGCUGAAGAGGUUAACGCUGCUUUCAGGGAUGCAGCUGAGAAAGAGCUUAAAGGUAUACUCGAUGUCUGCGAUGAGCCUCUUGUCUCUGUUGACUUCAGGUGCUCUGAUGUGUCCUCCACCAUUGAUUCUUCUCUGACCAUGGUUAUGGGAGAUGAUAUGGUUAAAGUGAUUGCUUGGUAUGAUAAUGAAUGGGGUUACUCUCAGAGAGUUGUUGAUUUGGCUGACAUUGUUGCCAAUAACUGGAAGUGAAGACCUCAUCUUUUGAUGUCUGCUCCAUUUUUUAUUACUGUUAUAUGAUUCGGAAUGUAUAAUUGUAGUUCCUGAGUUUAUGUAUUUGUGCUCUGCAAUUUUAUAGUAAUAAACUUUAUAUUCAAACA